AUGAAUUAUCUGACAGACCUACUAAAUGGUCCAGUUUAUGAAUUUCCUUAUGCUGGUCCUUCAAUACAAACAGUUCCAUAUUAUAACGAUGACAUAAGUGCAUUAAUAUCGAAUAUUACAUCACCAAGAAGUGAUCUAUUAACUUAUCAAUCUCCAGCAACCACCUUACAGAUUGUACCACAAAUAAAUCAGAUUGUGCCACAAAUAAAUCAAAUGGUAGGCAACAAUACAUUAGUUUAUCAAGUACCAGAGAAUAUUCCACUCGAUACCAUUUUACGACAGUUCGGUAUUGAUGUAAAUACAUUACAAUCAUCCAGUUCUCUCGUUAAUUAUUACAGAAGUGGAUCUGAACCAAUUGAUCUAACUAUUCACUCUUCUCCAAAUGGUCGUCGACGACGACUUGUUUGUCAUGAAGUUUCAGAUACAGAAGAUGAUCAUCAUUAUAGACGACCACCACCACAUCGACAUCGACAACGCCAUCAUUCUGUACCCAAUCAUGCUCCACCUGCUAUCCACAAUAUACUAAGCAAUGUGUGGAAUAAAGCGAGAAAUGUAUCGGAUCAUUUACCACCAUCUAAUUCUUCACCUAAUCUAAACCGAUUACCUCCGCGAAAUACUCUUCCAUACCCUCCACAACAAUCACAGGCACAACACAAUGCUGUUGCUAAUGUUUGGAAUAGAGCAGAAAAUGCAAGUGCGCAAAAUUCCAAUAAUCUGGCAAAUAUGUUCAAUAGAAUGCGGCAACCAUCUGGUGGUAUUGUUCAUCGUCCACCACCAAUGCAAAAUCGAGAAGCAGUACAUGAUUUUCUAGCUCUACGUAAUCUACCACCACCACCACCACCAUCUUUUCCACAAAACCGCGAAGCUGUACAUGAUUUCUAUGCGUUGCGCAAUCUACCACCUGGUAUCAAUCAACCACCACCACCACAAAACCGCGAAGCUGUGCAUGAUUUCUACGCUUUACGUAAUCUACCAUAUGGCAUCAAUCAGCCACCGCCACCACAAAACCGCGAAGCUGCACAAGAUUUCUUUGCUGCACGUAAUCUACCAUAUGGUAUUAAUCGACCACCACCUUUACCACAAAGUCGUGAAGCUGCACAAGAUUUUUUCGCAUCACGUAACCUUCCAUAUGGUGUCAAUCCAUCGCCACCGCCACCACCGCAAAAUCGAGAAGC